UAAUCUGUUACUCGGUACUUGAGUAAAAUUAUGCUGAAGUACUUCUAUUCUUGAGUAAAUUUUUGGAUGCUCUACUCACCUGUGAUGAAUGUUAAAAAGACUAAAUGGAAUCAAUAUGUUUUCUUUCUUUAUUUAAUAAAAACACUAAAUCUGGAUGUGUAAACGACUCUUAUGUCCAGAUUAUCCCUCUUGGCUCUGAUUGGUGAAUCCGUCCUGCAGAUCCAGAAGCUGCAGAGACAAAUUUCACCUUUUUCUCGGUUUGUCCACCUGCAUAGCUUAUCCUUCAUCACCGAACAUCCCAGAGAGCGCCGAGCCAUGGGAGUAAUUCAGUACGAACAGCUGCUGGGUUCAAGGUUUGUUCCCGGGUGAACGGAUGGCGUGUCGGGGUCAGAAUGCUGAUGGUCUGUAAAAUCAUCCCCGUCUUUUGAUAACGACCCUCCCUCUGGAGUUUCAUGUGUCGUCGGGACCAAACACACACCGACGUUACAGCAGAACCUGGCAAACCUCCCAUAUCUAAAAGAUUGAUGAGGUCUGGUCCCUGCAAAGGACGCCCAGCUCCGUGUCGAUAAGGCAGCUUUCAUCUUUCUUCUUCUCUGCUCUUCCGAGUCCUGGGAGAGGAUCAUGACAGGCGAAGACCUUCCAGGCGCGGGCCUUUCACACCAGAGGAGUCAUGAUUUUCCUCGGAUGUUCUGCCUCCGCUUGCUUCCGGUUCUCCUGGUUUAGCUGCAGGUUGGGAGCUGGGCGGGAAACCGGAGUCGGCAUGCCGCUGUGGGGCCGCCGGAGCUGGAACCGGGUGAAAACACAGAGGGAACAGAGCUGAACCCAAAUGAGCUCAGCAAACAGAGCUCCACACAGGACAAUGUGCAACAUCACCUUCUGUAAUGUGGACAGUAAGGUGGACCAGUUCUUCCAGCCCACUCUCUACAUCAUAGUCAUCGUUCUGGGGCUGCCGACCAACUGCAUGGCUCUGUGGGCCGCGUACAUGCAGGUACGUCAGCGUAACGAACUCGGCAUUUACCUGAUCAACCUGUCGGUGGCUGACCUCCUCUACAUUAUCACUCUUCCUCUGUGGAUCGACUACUUCCUGCAGCACGACGACUGGAUCCAUGGGCAGGAGAGCUGCAAACUGUUCGGCUUCAUCUUCUACACAAACAUCUACGUCAGCAUUGCCUUCCUGUGCUGCAUAUCACUGGACCGGUACCUGGCUGUGGCGUAUCCGCUGCGCUUCGUUAAGGUCCGGCGAAUCAAGACAGCCGUUUGUGUCAGUGCCAUUGUCUGGAUCAUUGAGAUUAUCGCCAACUCCGCUCCUCUCUUCCACGAUGAACUCUUCCAGGACCGCUUCAACCACACCUUCUGCUUCGAGAAGUACCCGAUGCAGGACUGGGUGGCAGGAAUGAACCUCUACAGGACUUUCCUUGGUUUCCUGACGCCAUGGACAGCCAUGCUGGUCGCCUACAGAGGGAUACUAGCCGCGGUGCGAUGCAACGUCUCCACGGAGCGCCAGGAGAAAGCCAAAAUCCAGCGACUGGCCUUGAGUUUAAUUCUCAUUGUCCUGCUGUGCUUCGGACCGUACCACAUGCUGCUCUUGGUGCGCAGCGUCAUGUUUCUGAAGAAGCCGUGCGACUGCAGCUCAGAGGAGACGCUGUUUGCUGCGUACCAUGUAGCGCUAGCGCUAACUAGCCUGAACUGUGUAGCCGACCCCAUUUUGUACUGCUUCGUCAAUGAGGGUGCCAGGAACGACGUUAGCCGCGCCCUUUACGCCAUAAUGUCCUCGGCAUGCCAGAGGCGCCCCUCGUCCUCGCCUUCGCAUGCCGACAUUCUCAAUGCUGGCUCCGUCACCAUGGAGACGCCUCUUUCGACUAAGAAGUCGUCGUGCGUGUACGUCGAUGGCGGGAAGGCGAGCAGCUACAAGACUGAGCUGCUAGCCAUGAAGGAGGAAUGUCUACAGAUGACCAUCCUUGCGGUUAAAAAGUGAAUUGUGGGAAACGGCAAACCGAUUCAAACCGUCCGGCGCUGCGAAGCGGAGGAUCGCCGCGAGUCGAGGGCGCGAUUUCUCCCACGACGACCAGGGCGAAGUCAGAUAUGUUCAGUGGUGGUUGACAGGAGGCGACCAGGAUUCCACUGAAACGCCAAAAUGAGAUUCAUGAGAACUAAAGACACAGGGUUCAUCACCUGAAACAGCUGCUGCUAGCCUGCUAGCCUGCUAGCAUAGCAGGAAAUCUGGGUAGCACUUUAUUUGAAGGAGUGUUCAUAAGACUGACAUGAACAUGAAGGAGUUUAAAUAUUUAUGACUGUUGUCAUGAAGUGUCAGGCAGUAAUGACACUAAAUGCAACUUUAAAUGCUAAUUUUCUUUAAAAGUGUCCUUAUUUACCAAAUAAUGCAAAGUUCAUACUUUUAAUUCACUUUU